GGGUAUUUUAGCGCUGCUAUCACCCCAACAAUUUGACAGUUGAGUCCCGACUCAAACAUUUGUAUCCACUGAAGGUUUCCAUUCGAAAGGGGCUGUAAUGAGACUGUUAAUUCAUAUCGCUUUCGUUGCAGCAGCGACAUAUUUUGUGUCGUCUUCAGCGCAUGACGGCCCACUGGUCCACACCAAGCUGGGAUCCCUGAGAGGGGAGUACCUGCGGGUGAGGGGGAAGCCUACAGUGGUCCACUCGUACCUGGGAGUGCCCUUUGCCAAACCACCUGUGGGGGCCCUCAGGCUGGCCGCACCCCAACCUGCAGAGGCAUGGGAGGGCGUCAGGGACGCCACCAAGCAGCCACUAAUGUGUCUGCAAGAUCGACAGCCAACUUUCGUCUUUGCGGAAAAGCUUAACCUAACUCUUGAGGUUCCUGAGGUAUCAGAGGACUGUUUAUAUCUGAACGUAUACACUCCCGUCAAACCAGCUGAGGGUGCGAAAUUACCUGUGAUGGUGUGGAUCCACGGAGGAGCGUUUAUUAUGGGCUCCGCCUCAUUUUAUGACGGCUCGGUUUUGGCAGCCUAUCAGAACGUGGUUGUGGUGCUUGUUCAAUAUAGACUGGGAAUGCUGGGCUUUUUCAGCACUGGGGAUGAGAACGCCCCUGGCAACUGGGGUCUGCUGGACCAGGUGGCAGCACUGCAGUGGGUCCAGGAGAACAUCCAGAGCUUUGGGGGAGAUCCCUCGUCUGUCACCAUAUUUGGGGAGUCCGCAGGGGGAGUGAGCGUCUCACUACAGGUUCUCUCCCCACUGAGUGCUGGCCUCUUCCAUCGUGCCAUUGCAGAGAGUGGCACAGCAGCCAUGGAUCUCCUCACUGCCAUUCCACCAAUGGCCUCAGCAAUGAUUGUGGCCAACGUAUCAAACUGUGUCGGCUCCAAGCCCCAUCAGAUAGUUGACUGUGUGAUGCAGAUGACAACUGAAGACAUUAUGAAUGUUGCCAUGAAUACUCCCUGGAUUUAUGGACCAACAGUAGACGGACAUUUUUUACCAAAGAAUAUUGAGGAGCUGCUUGCAUCUGGGCAAUUCAAGGAUAUCCCGUUAAUUAAUGGAAUGAAUGAUGAUGAAAGUGGAUGGUUACUACCUGGAGCUUGGGCUCCGUCUGGUUGGACAGAGGGCAUGGAUCGUGACACUGUCAAAAAACUUGCAAGUCAUCUUUUCCCAAAUGCAGAAGACUGGCUACUUGACUUGGUCAUGGAUGAAUAUUUGGGAAGUGGUGAAGACAGAGUCAAAAACAGAGAUGGAUUCAGAGAGCUCAAUGCGGAUCUGGUAUUCACCAUCCCAGCUAUCAAGGUGUCUAAUGCUCACAGAGAUGCCGGUGCACCAGUUUACAUGUAUGAGCUGCAGCAUCCUCCAAGCAUGCUGGCAGUCCACCGUCCCAGCUUUGUCGGGGUGGACCACGGAGAUGACAUUGUGUACGUCUUCGGAGGCCCCUUCAUGAAGAGCCAUGUCAAGAUGCACGGCCCCUUCACAGAAGAGGAAAAGGAACUGGCGAAAACAGUAAUGUCAUACUGGGGCAACUUUGCGCACACAGGAUCUCCAAACGGACCUGGCCUGACCCACUGGCCGAUGUACGGUGCUGGGGAAGAGUAUUUGGGGAUUGGACUGAAGCAGGCGGUCAGGAGCCAUCUCAGAGCUGGCCGCUUCACUUUCCUCACACAGACACUCCCCAGCAAGAUCCAGGAGAGGCAGAAGCAACAAAAAAACGAGCUGUAGAUGUCAGAGUCUCAACUCCGAGAACCAUUAGUCAAUGGCAACUUUGGAAGCA